GCGACCGGACGACCACCUACGUGAACAUUCCCCAUGUCAUUGCCAUGGUCGGUCUGCCGGCUCGCGGCAAGACGUACAUUGCAAAGAAACUGACGCGCUACAUGAACUGGAUCGGCAUCAAGACGCGCGUCUUCAACGUCGGCGAGUACCGGCGCAAUGCCACCAAGGCCUACCGCAACCAUGACUUCUUUCGGCCAGACAACAAGGACGCACAGGUCAUUCGCAGCAAAUGUGCCCUGGCCGCCCUGAAGGACAUGUGCACCUGGCUGGAGGACGGCAACGGCGAGGUGGCGGUGUACGACGCCACCAACACCACCAUGGAGCGCAGAGAGCUGAUCAACGAGUUUGUAGUGGAGAAGUACGGCUUCAAGCUCUUCUUCGUCGAGUCCUACUGCAACGACCCGAAGAUCAUCGAGGCGAACAUCAAGGAGGUGAAGGUGAACAGUCCCGACUACAAGGACAUGGACACCGACGAGGCGCUGCAGGACUUCAUGGUGCGCAUCACCCACUACGAACAGGUGUACGACCAGUUGGAUGAGGAGAAGGAGAAGCACCUCUCCUUCAUGAAGAUCUACAAU